UCAAAUCUCCAACUCUCCAUAGCUUUUGCAAGUCAAGACACCAAAAUGGCUAACCAUGGCCCCGUGCAAAGGCCAUCCACCACCAUCUCAACAUCCCCACCUCUCCCAACAGCACAUCCUCACGAACUAAAAGACUCAACACCAAGAAUGAAAAUCGAAUUCACCCUCUUAUUUCCCUUCAACAUCCCCAAGUCCCCAGCCUCCCGAAUCUUCAGAAACUUGAGUUACUACAGAUUGUACUACAUACUUUUCAUAUGGAUCAUACUCUUCAUAACCCUCGUCCCGCAGCGUAAGCUCUCCUUGAUCUUUCUGAUAGCGAUGACGGCUCUGACAUGCUCGCUGCUUGCGGUGAUGAGGUUAGUACCAGCUGAUUCUGUUGUCCUGCAAUACAAGAUCAUCGAUAGGAGACUGAUUCUGGUGUUGCUGGUAAUUGCGACCAUGGUUGAGCUCAUAGUCACAGAAGCGGCAAAACAUCUAUUUCUGACUUUGGCUUGUGUGACUCCGGUAAUUUUGGUGCAUGCGGGUUUUAGGGUUAGAGAUGAUGUUUGUGUUGAAGAGGAGGCUUCUGCUGCUGGUGAACUCGUUCCAUUCGUAAGACAUAGUGAACCUAAGGAAUCUGAUUCCGUGUGAUAUUUUGAUAAAGUCAAAAUAUUGGUUUUCGGUUGAGAACCAAUUUCUAUGUAACGAAAUGAUGAAUGAUUGAACUGGCUCAAUGUCACGAUUAUUAUAAAGCCAGUUGAAUGUAUUAUUUUGUGUAUGUGGUUGCAUUCAGCAAUCAACUUUGAAUACUCAUGAAAUUUGAUAUAUCGGGAGCCAAUGUGUUGAAGCAAAUUUAGUCAAAGUUAUAAACAACACUAGUGGUUCUGACGA